AUGGCUUUCCUCUUCAAAUCCAAGAAGAAUCAGGAUCGAGCCCUUGCAAGCCGCGAUGGAAAUUCGGGCGGUGGUUCCCAAGGCUCCAUUCAGAGCCAGCGCGAAAGAAUAGCCAGAGAAGAGAAGAACGGCACCCAGCGCUCGACACCGACUGGCAGCUUGCACUCAAUCGACCGCGAUGGAAGUGCUGGAGCCGGAAGCCCCGAUCAAGGCUAUGGUCGCCAACGAGGUACCAGUUUAGACCAAACUGCGUCGCAACCACCGAGCGAUUUACCUCUUCGCAAUGGCCCCCCCGUCUCCUCUCAAAAUCAAAUGCCUCCUCAACAACAAGUGACAAACCCCAAUGCGUCGCUAUACCCUUGGUCGCAACGACGAUUGACUUACACGUCCUCACACCCGAGCCCCUUUCCCAGAUAUGGAGCCGCCGUCAACUCUGUAUCAUCCAAGGAAGGCGACAUUUACGUGAUGGGAGGUUUGAUCAACAGCUCAACGGUCAAGGGCGACUUGUGGAUGAUUGAGGCUGGGCAGAAUAUGGCCUGCUACCCCCUGGCAACGACCGCUGAGGGACCAGGCCCACGUGUUGGCCACGCAAGUUUACUCGUUGGCAAUGCCUUUAUCGUAUACGGUGGCGAUACCAAGGUUGACGAGACGGAUGUUCUAGAUGAGACAUUGUACCUUCUCAACACUUCUACGAGACAGUGGUCGAGAGCCUUGCCUGCCGGGACUAGACCGUCUGGUCGCUACGGCCACUCUCUGAACAUCCUUGGGUCCAAAAUCUACAUAUUUGGUGGGCAGAUAGAAGGUUACUUCAUGAAUGACCUCGCAGCCUUUGACCUGAACCAGCUACAGAUGCCCAACAAUCGUUGGGAGAUGCUUAUUCAGAAUACCGACAGCGGUGGACCCGCCGUCGGCAAGAUUCCCGCCGCUCGAACAAACCAUUCUGUUGUCACAUUCAACGACAAGAUGUACCUUUUCGGUGGUACCAACGGCUACCAAUGGUUCAACGACGUCUGGAGCUAUGACCCUGCCACAAACGAGUGGGCACAACUAGACUGCAUCGGUUACAUUCCUGUACCCCGCGAAGGACAUGCCGCAGCCAUAGUCGACGACGUGAUGUACAUCUUUGGCGGCCGUACGGAGGAGGGUGUCGACUUGGGGGAUUUGGCCGCUUUCAGAAUCACCUCGCGCCGCUGGUACACUUUCCAGAACAUGGGGCCGUCACCCUCUCCUCGGUCUGGCCACAGCAUGACAACCGUCGGCAAGGCUGUCGUGGUCGUUGGAGGUGAACCAAGCUCAUCCCCCGCCAGCGUCGGUGAUCUCGGAAUAGUCUACAUGCUCGAUACUACAAAGAUUCGCUACCCGAACGACGCCCCACCCGCACAGCAGCCUGGGGGGCAGCAACGAGUACCUCCAGCAAGACGACCCAGCACCGCUGCUGAGACAAGGAACUUGCUCUCCCGAGAUGGUUCUACUGGCCCUCCUGAUCAGAGGAGGCUUGUCGGGGCGCCUCGCGACGGCUCAGCAACCAGUAAUGGCCCUUCGAACGGGGUUCGAGGAUCGCCCAAUGGCAGUGACGCAAGCCCUGUAACCGUCAACGCUUCGAAGAUCCCAAUGUCCGCGGCGGCAUCACCUCCCGCUGGGCCGCCUCCUCAAGGCCCGACACCUGCAAAGCCUUCAGUGCAGACUGGCAACCUUGGCAGAGUUCGCGGCCAGUCAUCAGAGAGAGAUGGUUCCGUAGGCGGCUCACCCAAAAUUGUGGCAGGCCAGUCACCAGUAAUUCGAGAAGUCAGAGAACCAGCUUCCAAAGAUGCCGAGAGCCCGGUCACAAACGGCAGACGGACUCCUCAACAAGUUGGAAGGUCAGCAUCUGGCUCUAAAUCCGAUUCUGUGCCUUCCGAGACUUCCAAAACCCGGUCGAGGCAGGGGAACAGGUCUCAGGGCUCUGUAGACAGUACGACCGAACCAUCUUUGAAAACAACGUCAGCGCAGCAAGUACAGCCGCCACCUCCAGUGCAGGCGCCACCGCCGCAACAGCCGAUGCCCCAACAGCAACUACCGCAACCUCCAGUACAACAGCAACAAGCUACCCGUCCCGCUUCACCACCGCCUCCCGCGCGCCAAGUUAGCAACCCAAUGUCCAGAAGGUCCUCGGGCCGCAACUCACAGACCGUUGCCUUACUGAAGGAGCUGGAUACAGCUAGAAACCGCAACGCUUGGUAUGCUUCAGAGCUUGAGUUAGCCCGCAAGGCUGGAUAUGUUCCCAACGCGAGUCUUAGCCCCGUUCUCGACAGCAGAGCUGCCGAGACCUUCGACGAUGAAGAUAAGCCUCUGAUCGAGGCACUGCUAGCCAUGCGAACCGAGCUUGCAAAUGUCCAGGCCUCCGUCGACAAGCAGGCUGUACUCGCUGCAAAGCAGAUUGCAGAAGCUGAGAAGCAACGAGACGCUGCCAUCCAAGAAGCGGUGUAUGCGAAGGCAAGACUCGCCGCUCAAGUCGGCGGUAGCGUUGCAAGCACUCCUCAACUGGACGGCGAACGUGAUGUUGAUGACCGUUCCACGGAGAUUAGCAAGAAACUGGCUCAUGCUCUGAGCUACCAGAAAGACCUGCAGGCACAGCUCGAGAUAAUGAAAUCGGAACUCGAUGCCGAGCGGCGCGCCCGCCAACUGGCCGACGACACCACCAAUGCCUCCCAGAAGCGUAUGAGCGAACUUGAGUCCUACAAAACGACGACCUCUACAGAGCUCGAACAACUCAAGGCCAAACUGCACAUGGUUCAGAAAGAGGCAAGAGAGCAGGCGAUUCAGUACACGGAGGCUGUGGCCACCGUCCAGCUGUUAAAGGUUGAGAAGGAAGAUUUUGAGGCCAAGUACAACCAAUCCGUUGGGAACUCCCAAGAGCAGGAUGCUACUUUUGACUCUCUGCGCGCGGCUAUCUCGGCCUCCGCCGAGAUCAAGGCUCUCCUAGAAAGUAAACUCGAAGAGGAGCGUUCGCAGAGGGAGAAGAUCGAGUUGAAGCUCAACAACCUGAAGGCGGAGCAUGAAGCACGCACUGCAGAGCUUGUUGCAGCGACUCAGCGAUUGCGCGAUUCUGAAGAGAUUGCUGAGAGGCAUGCAAAGGAGGCUAAACUCCAUCAGCAGGCGGUGCUUGCUGGCUUCAAUAAGGUCACUGCGUCAAGAGACGUUGGAUCCGAUAGCAAGACCGAUAGUGAAAGGCUCAAGGCGCUGCAAGGCCAACUCAACGCAGCCAACGCUCUGGUAAAAAAAUACCAGCAGGAAGCUGAUGCUGCUGCCGACAAACUCCGCACUGCAGAGGAGCGCAUUGCUGGCUUGGAGGUGUACCAGGAGCAAUCCAGCCGCGAGGGCGUGGCAAUCAGAAGGCAACUUCAGGCGGCCCUGCGCGACACCCAGUCUUUGCAGGCUAAGAACUCGGAUUUGAAGCACCAGCUUCAGAACCAGCAGCUGGAGACCAACGCGAUGACUGUACAGCACAACACCUUGAAAGACAUUCUAGUCGAGCGCGGCAUAAGCCCCACCGGUAUGUCGCGGACACGUAGCAUUGGCAGCCCUCGCGUCAACACCCCAGACCAAGUACGCAUCCGGGAUCUCGAGGAUCAACUCAACGCUGCCCUGUCCGCCCAUGAAGAGAACGCUCAGCGCAGUGCGGCUCAGCAAGAGGCUAGCGAAGCCGCUUAUCGCGAGAAACUUACCCAGCUCGAGAACGACUAUCAGUCUGCUGUGCAUUACGUCAAGGGCACCGAAAAGAUGCUCAAGCAGCUGAAGGAGCAACUCUCCAGAUAUAAGACGGAGAACGCUAAACUCAAGUCCGAGAUCGAGGAGCUCGAAGAGCGUGUCGAGGCGUCUGCUACUGCCAAUACCGGAGAGGCCUCUGCCAACUGGGAAAGCGAACGCCACAUCUUGCAAACGAAGAUAGAAGCUCUCGAGGAAGAAUUAGAGGCCUCUACCGAACAGCUCGAGAAGCAGCUGAACUCUGUCAGAAAGGAACUUGAGGAGAGCAAGAAGCAACGCGAAAAUGCUCUUGAGGACGCUGAAGAGGCUUCCCGCAAGCUUGCCGCCAACCGCCGUGACUUGGAGGAGCUUCAACAGGAAAACAUUCUUCUGGAGCGCCGAGCCCAGGAUGCUGAGGAGAAAGUCUCUCUCUUACUAGACCAAGUUGAAACCUCGGUCGACAGCUAUCGUCGACAGAGCAGACAAGCACCGAGCAUGACUUCCGAGCUGACGGAGAGGGGCACCAACGGAAUAAACACGGGCCACCAACGCCAGGAUAGCUCGGACAUGGAUAGCACAUAUGGAGCUGCCUCGGGCGGAGUCGAUGGGCGCAAUAGCACAGCCUUGGACAACCUAGCAAACGAGCUCGAAACCCUGCGAACCCAUUGGGAAGCCACCAACAAAAACUAUCGUCUAAGCAACACUUUUGACUUUGAGGGCGCCACAACCCCAAUACGCAAGGACGAAGAUGUCGGGAUGGGCCUCAGUGAGAGCCUGGCUGACUGGCGUAAGCGACUUGACGUAGACGAGCAAACAGAAAACGAUCGAGCGAAGACGAAAAGCCGACCUGACCGGCCUUAG